AUGAGCAUGGGCCAAGUAGGCAAAUCCGAGAAUGGCGAUGAGGCCGAAAGUAAGACGGACUGACUGCAUGAUCGGAUAAGUUGAGGGAACUGGCGUCGGAGGACGGCCUAUUUAUACAAGCGUCUGGUGCCGGAAAGCUUCCGGCAGAUCUCUCUUUGUUUGCACUCGGUAAUCUGUCAAAAACUUGCAGAUCCCUCCUCCGCUAACGUCCUGGCUACCACGAGAUCCACUGGAAACUCGCAUCGUGGUACGAUCGUCCGCCGACUGACGUCAUCGUUCCGGUUGAACGAGGAAGGACCGCACACGUACCGGGUGCACGCGAAACCCCUUUCCGGAAACAGCGGGGCGGGGCUGGACAGAUUUCUGAGCGCACAAAGAUUGGAUAUUCAACAGAGACACGAGCAAAUAUUCAACGAGAACAGUCUGGAGAAGAUUCGACAGUGGAACGAGUUGAAGAACGGAUACGAGUUCAACAAUAACAAAGAGAUCGCUCAGAAGUUCAUUUUCGAAGAGGAGCUGGCUGCAUACAAGAAGCUGCGAUACGAAAGCAAACCAGCCAGACUGCUGGAGGCAGUGUUCAGAGGAAUCACCAGGUGCCAUCAAAUCAAACCGUCCUUCGGGGAGAAGGUAUUUUUCGAGUUUCCGCUUGAGAACUCUCUCUCGGAACCUCUCAACUGCACGAUCGAAUUCGACGACGAAGCAAUACGACCGGUGUUUGACGAGGAAGAAUGGGAAUUCUACAAGAAAGUGAACAAGCUGAGGACCCCCUUAGAGAGGAACAUGAUGAGACAAGCUGCCGAAAGAGUGGAGCUGUUCCUGCAACCGGGAGAAACUCUGUUCAUUCCGUUCGUGUACGACGCCUUUUUCUUCCCGAGUGAUCACUUCAACAUGUACUCCACUAAAGUGGUAUUCCGUCGAUGGGACACCAAUGAACCACUUGCCAUUCUGGACCUUCAUGUCCAUCGUCGCAGUUUCCUCGUUCAACACGCAGUUACAUUCAUUUCGGAAACUUCUGGCAACUGGGAGAAACAGCUGGUUCUGCCGCCGAUGGCCAGAGAUCGGAGAGUUCUGUCCUGUCGGUGCUCGGAUCCAUCGGUAAGGACUACCAUUCGGAAUGCCGCUCUCCAGCAGAUACUCGGAUUCACAACCUAUUCCGGAGAGACCAACGAUCGGAAGACAUUUCUUCUGCUUAUGUACAGUGAUCACUUUCAAACCAGGUGACUUUUCAGCUCAUUCGCUUGAAUCAAUAUCCUUCGGUUCAGAUUGCUUGCCACGUGGAAGGUGACGAUCCUCCCGUUCUUCAACGUCGACGUCCGAAGUAUUGUCGGCCAAACAACUCGACUUCAUCUUCUGGUGCACAGAAAAAGGUACCCUUGUGCAAGUUAUCUUUAUUUUCAAUGUAAAUGAAUGCAAAAAGAAAGGUUCGAUCGCUCGCAGAAUCUAUACACUAGUCACGCACGCUUAGGCCCACUGCGCAAAGUACUGACGGGUCUUGCGAUCGUAGGUGGUCGGCAGGUAGAGGUCCUUGGUGGUGGUGUAGAGCUCACGCCAGUUCUUGA